ACUUCGACUGGUUUCUCCUUUUUAUUUAGUGUUGCUGUUGUUGUCGAUGCCUUCGUUGGUCUUUUAGUUUAAAGCACAGCAAAAAAUGGCUAGUGGCAAAAUUGGUAGCAGCCUCGAUGAUGCGCGAGCUAAAUUUGUUGAGAUAAUGGGUUCGUUUCGUUCUGACCGCGAACGAAAUGAUUUUCUGCUAUGGAUCUCAAUGGAGUAUGACAAUGAUAAGUGCAAACCCGGCUUCUUGAACGAACUUGAAAGUAUUAACAAACCGGACAUUGACAUGAAAAUGAAUGAUAUAGCCAUGGACAUCAGGAAACGAGUGCCUCAAUACUCGGUAUUCCCUUCAGAAAAUCUCGUCGUUCCAACUGUAGGAGAGAACAAGGACUGUCUUCCAGAGACAACUGUUCACGUCGAUGACUUUUUGUAUGAUGAUAAAGAAGUUGACGCCCUUGUUGAAAGCGGCGAACUCAAGGGGCACUACUGUUUAGACUGUGAGAGCCGAAAUACUGCACCAUUGACUUUCAUCUCGCAUUCUUUGUCAAGAGAAAAAUUAAAUUUAGUGUUCAAUGUAAUGCUUCCACCAAACUUCACCAAGAAAUCAACAUUCGACACUUCCAAUAAUGAUAUCCUCUGCUCAUGCAUAUUAGAUGUAGGCUCCCGACUCGGCGCCGCUCUUUAUGCUGCUUACUUCUACACCGAUGUGCAAAAACUUAUUGGAGUAGAGAUCAACGCUGAUCUAUGCAACCUGCAAAAGGAAAUAUGUGAAAAGUACAAUUUGCAGGAUCGCGUCGAGAUAAUUAAUGAUGAUGUCCUAAAUCAAGCCCAAGUGGUGAAGAGCGCACAGCUAAUUAUCCUGAAUAACCCUUUUGAGUUCUUCCUGGAGCCGAGCGAGCAGAAAAAAGUCUGGAGGUUCCUCAAGGAAUAUAUUUCCAAAGGAACUAUCUUGAUUUGUGUGCCAGCCCUAGAAACCUCAUUUGGAAAUUUAAAUAUGAAAAGCGAGCUCAAAUCUUGGGUGAAGAAGCAAGAGCCAUACAAUAUGUCCGCGAUGGAGUCUGACGCUGGUGAAGACUUGGCCAACAUGCACAUGUAUAUUGUCUUAUAGAAAAUUAAUUAAAGCAAUGCAUUCUUUUUAAAAAA